GCGGAACAAAGUAAACCGGCGCUUUCGAAUCUCAUGAAUAGUCCCGAAAUCCUGUCACAUGCCUUACUCGUCAAGUUCACACGUUCCUCUACUCCCUUCAGAUGCACGCCAUAAAUUGCAGCUCAGAAAAUGCUACAAUGAUUCGGCAAAUAUGGGGAAAACAGAUAUAAGACGGCAUGUGCGGGAUACUGAUCAUGAUACUUCUUUACGACUUGGUAUCAAACGGAGAUACAAUUCACGUGGCAACAGUAAUGCGGUCAACUAUCAUUCGGGAGAACAAAAGCGAAUAAGGAAGUCAAGCCCCGGCUAUGGCUUUCCUAGUGCAGAAAGUCAUAACUCCGAUGAAGAAUGGAAUCUGGGAAUAAACAAAACUGUCCCUCGUAAAGUAACUAGUUUAUCUAGGAAUCCUCUGUUAAGUAUUCGACCACAUGGUUACGGGAAUCGAUUUCAAGGUUACGAUCCCAAUCAAGCUACUGUACCCAACAAAUUCAAAAACUACAGGCUGGAUGUUAAUAAUGCUAAUCAAAAUAUGGAUAAUGAGCAACUUUUAAUGUUGUAUUACAGUCAUAUGUAUCAACAGUACUACCGAACUUAUACGGCGACUGCUCUCUCAUUGUCAAAUUAUCCCAAUGCUGACUUACUACCUGCUGUUGCAGCUGCAGCUGCUAACAAUUCAGGUAUUCCAUCGGAUCUAACUUCUAUAGGAUCGGUACUAUCAAGUGGUAAUAGUUUUGAUUUUUCCAAACAUAACCGAGAUGUAAAUAUACGUGGAAGGCGUCCAAAAAAAUAUCAUAAGCAUGAGUCAUCCAAUGUUUCUUCCCAUUCACCUGAACAACGUCAACACUCACAUUCCCGUACUUUUCGAUCUAAUAGAACAAACGACUCUUCUCGUUCCUCUGUGAAAGAUACAGUUGCAAAAGGGAAAGGAUUUAGAAAAAGAGAAUCACCUGUCAAAGUAAAAAAGACAGAAUACACUUCUGAAGAAAGUGAUGACCAUUGCCCAGAUUACGUCAGUAAUGAUCAGCUUUGUAAAGGGAACUCAGCAAAUGAUGAUAAUGAAAUUCAACAGAAAUCUUCCAGACGCGUUGUUCGUAGACGCUCGACUGUUGAAACUACUACGUCAACCAGACAGAAAGAGGAGUCAGUUCAUGACGAAGAUAAUUCCAAAGUAGUAACAUCAAAUACGUCUGAAAUUGUUACUGAGUCUAAACAAUCAUUCGGAGCUAAUAAUGAAGUUAGCACCACAGAAGCAGUGUCACCGAAUGAAACUGAAUCUGUUGAAGAAGGUGAGGCUAAGGAUGAUGAUACAUAUGGUGAGGAAAGCGAAGAAAAUGAAGGCGUACUUGAAGAAUCAUCAAGCGAAAACGAAGCUGACAGCUCACGUGAAACAGUUAGCUCAAAUCAACAAAACCAGAAAAAGGCGAAUAAUUUAUCAGAAUCAAAAUCUUCAAAGGUACAGAAAACUUCUACAUCGUCGACAUUUAGCCGAGUUGCAGCAGAAGGCAAGAGACGACAUGUUGAAGUCCUGCCUACUGACACUUUACUUCCUACGUCCACUGAGUUUGAUCAUGAACGUGGACCACUUUUACCUACACCAGUGGAUGUGGAUAGACGACAUUUAAGAUUUCGUAACUCUGGUAAUGAUUUAUCAUUAUUCCCUGGUUGUGCUACAUCACCUCAUAUUCCAAAUGUAUUGGAAGCUGCUGCACUAAUGUCAGGUCUUUGUCCAUCUCUAUUUCCGUCUAUGAAUCCAUCGAAUUUGUUAAAUACUCUAAGAUGUCCUCCUGUUGAUUUCGCUCCACCAUUUUGUGAUCUAUUUAAUUUACCAAACCCAAUUGAAAUUCAGAAACAAAUAAAUAGUUUAAAGUUGAACUGCCAUCCUCCAUCUGAGUCAUCAGAACCUAAGUCUGGACGAAGUAAACAUGAGAACUCCAAAAUAAGAAGUGAUGUCAGGGAAAUUCGUUCCACGUUUAAUAAAAAUUACAACAUGAAAACUCGACAUGGGGAUGACUCGGACACUGAAAGUAAUAGUUCUUCUGGUUCAGAUUAUCAGUCUAAUGUUGUAGUACGCAAAUCUGUUAAUAGACCACUAUCUUCAGAUAGAUGUAUGUUUGAAACCCCAAAGAACAAGCAUUCAGGGAAAUUUUCAACAACACGUAAAGUGAAAGAUAAAAUGAAAAAAGAACAGGAACCAGUAUCAGACAAACAAGAAUUCUCCCGUAAAGGCAACAAAUAUAUGUCUCCUGAUGAUGCGCCUGGUCCGUCAGAUACAAAUUCUAAUAAACCAGUCUCGCGUGUUCCACGAGGUCCUAGAACACCGUCUAGUCCACCGUUAUCUUCUCAGGAUGAAGGUGAUUCUGGUGGUACAUGUUCACAUUAUGAUUUAUCCCGUGAAUCUUGCUCCAGAAGUUCUCUUAAUAAUAAAACGCGUAGACAAAAUGAGAUAACUAGUUCCAUAUCAGGUCGCUGUUUGGAUUCAUCGAAUUCAAAUGAAAAUCUAUCUGUAAGAAAACCUGUUGUGUGUACAAAUUCUCAAUCGUCAAAUAACAGAUCACCGAAGACACGCUCCUCAAAGCAUAAUACUAAAAUAAUGCAUAGUCGAGAUUAUCACAGCUCCAACUGUUCCAACUCAUCCACUUCCGCAUCUACUUCUCGGUCAAAUUCUUAUGGAGCUCCAAAUGUCUGUAAUACUUCCAAUAAAAGAAAGAGAUCUACAAAUCGACAUAUUACACAUUCCAAUGUAGGCAUGUCCUACGAAGAUAAUUCCCCCAACCAAUCAUCACAGUUUGCAAAUUUUCGUAGCGAUGAUACUGGUGAUAGCAGUGACAGUUCGGAUCAACAAAACCGUGCACUACCUGCAGCCUAUGCAAAUCCUCAUCAAACCGACCGACAUCGGUCACAUUCAUCCGGUGAUGUUGAACCUCCACCUGCUCCUUCUCCUCGUAGUUCAUCUUCUUCCACUUCAUCUUCAUCAUCCUCUCGUUCAUAUUGUCACAUUCGCUCAAGUUCAAGUAAUCUUCCAGGAAAUAACAAGAUCCAAGUAAUAUCAUCUGGUUCUUCACGUCAUUCAUCAACGUCUCAAUCACAAGACAGAGGUAGACAUAAUCAGUCGAGGUCGCGACGGCAAGGUAUCAAACCGAAACCAAAAAAACUAAGUGAUAACAAUGAUCACAAUCGACAAACCCGCUCUUUAAAAGAGAAGAAAAAGCUGUCUGCAUCCGUGUGCCAUAGAAGUUCUGAUUCUGGUGAUGACAUCGAUGACAACAAUAGAAGAGAAAUAUCGAAUCCGGUUUAUAGUUACCGUGAUUCUUCAUCAGAUCUCAAAGAUAUCUCUUCUAAAGAGUCAUCCAUUUUGAGACGUGGUGAAGAUGGUUGUUCUGACGUUUCUGAGGAUGAGAGCUCAACACCAGGUAAUCGAAAUGUGCGCAGACAGUCCUCUCGUUCUCCAACUUCUUCUUACACUUCUUCAAGAAGUACUGAUCGCAAUGUGCCAAAUCGUAGAAAUAAAGAAAGAGUGAUGGAGAACAAAUACAAACAUUCCAAGCGAAAGCCAUGUACUCCUGAUUCAUCGUUAUCGAAUACUCGCAAAUAUGGGCAGUCUAAAAACCGGAUUGAACGUAAUAUUGAAGAAAAACAUUUUAAUAACAACCGUAAACGUGCUUUGCUUUCUCCGCCAACGAGUACAAAACUUGAAACUAAAAUAUGGAGAUCAAGAAAAGGUUAUGUCAAUGAAGUUCCCUCUUCAUCUUUACGACAUCCUCAGCUUCCAAACUCUCAUCACUCAGUGAACAAGAAAGUUUUUCAUGGGCAAGUUACUUCGAAAACAUCCAGGCGUUCGAGUUCUAUAAAAAAUCAACGAGAAGAAAGUUCUUGGUCAACAAUGGCUCAUGAACGUCAUACUCGCGAUGAUCAUUAUGUUAGUAAGUCAUUUAAAUCUGGAACUAUGCAUAUUGAUAUGACUGAUAGUUCAUCUCGAUCGAGACCACCUCGUUUUGGACAUACAACCAAUAACAAGGAUACUAAUGGUAUGCGACAAAAUUACGCCUCUAGGAAUUAUCCUGUAAAACAUUCACACAUUAAAACAGAUGUACAUGACUCAAAAUUACAUUGGUCUAAAAGUGGCAACUCGAGAAAUUUUCGCCCACCAGUUACCUCUUCGAGUCAAUCACCUAUCGGCAGAGUUGGAAAACAUGUUGGGGCAUCAAGUGAUCAUCAUCAUCACCAGAAUGCGCGUAAAAAACAAACAGAUAUUGUAUGGGAGCCUGGUCCUAAAAGUAUUAAAAAGGUGAAUAAUAACUAUUCAACUAAAGUUUCCAGUUCCAAAGCACUUUUAAAAACACCUGAAACAACUUCACGGCGUGCAGAUCAUCAUCAUCAUAGUCAACAUGAGUCGUCUAGAGACUCUGAAUCUCAUAAUUCCGAUUCUUCAAGUAGCUCAUCUUCUCCUGAAGAAGAAGACGAUGAUGAAGUUGUCGAUGAUGUUGACGGUCAUCUGAUCUAUAGUAUUGGUGAUCGUUUAUUGAAUCGAUAUGAAAUUGUCAAGACACUUGGGGAAGGUACAUUUGGUAAAGUUGUUGAAUGCAAAGAUCAUGUACAAAAUCGUAGAAUUGCUUUGAAAAUUAUCAAAAAUGUUGAUAAAUAUCGUGAAGCUGCUAUGCUUGAAAUCAAUGUUUUAAAUUUCUUAAAUGAACGUAGUGCAAAUGUUGAACAUUUAUGUGUAACCCUGUUGGAUUGGUUUGAUUAUCAUGGACAUAUUUGUUUGGCAUUUGAUAUACUUGGAUUAUCUGUUUUUGAUUUCUUGAAAGAAAAUAAUUAUGUCGGUUAUCCAAUGGAACAUGUUCGUCAUAUAUCUUAUCAAUUAUGUUAUGCUGUUCGAUUUUUACAUGAUAAUCAAUUAACUCAUACAGAUUUAAAACCAGAAAAUAUAUUAUUUGUUGAUUCAGAUUAUAUAUCAGUACAUAAUCGUAAAAAACGUCGACAUGAACGUAUGGUUAAAUGUUCCGAUAUACGUUUAAUUGAUUUUGGUUCAGCAACAUUUGAUUAUGAUCAUCAUUCUACAAUUGUAUCAACAAGACAUUAUCGUGCACCUGAAGUAAUACUUGAAUUAGGUUGGUCUCAACCAUGUGAUGUUUGGUCAAUUGGAUGCAUCAUGUUUGAAUUGUAUACAGGUUAUACACUAUUCCAAACUCAUGAUAAUCGUGAACAUUUAGCUAUGAUGGAACGUACUUUAGGUCAUAUUCCUUAUCGAAUGACAAGAAAGUCACGAAUUUGUUGUUAUUGUUGAAAAAUCACCUCGCAAAAUGUACAUUGAUACGAUAUACGGGUGGAGGCUAUUCAUUCGGACCCAGUCAUCAUCAUCACUACAUAAAAUAUGUUUACAUCAAUACUCAUUUUGUGUGUUUAGAACUGGGUUUUUCUAUCAUGGACGUUUGGACUGGGAUUUUUAUAAUCAAGAAGGUCGUUAUGUUCGUGAGAAUUGUCGUCCUUUACUUGUAAGUUGUGAUUACAAAAAAAACUAUUCAAGCUUGUUUCAUGGGCACAUAAUAAAUAUAUUUUGAAAGGAGAUAUUUAUCCUACUGCAUCGUGUCAACAUUAUACCAUUAUAAUUAUCAUCAAAUGAAAAGAAUGCUCACAUCAAAUAUCUUUUCUUUUCCACUCUCCAGACUGGAUUUACUUAUUGUUUUCUCUCUCUAAAGGAUUUCUUUUGCAUGUGUUUAUUUGCAUCCCAUCUCUUUAAUUAAUUACUUGUUUGCUAAAUCACUUUUAAUUGCCUUAAUAUUAUGGAUGGAUCUAUGAUACUUUGCGGUUAGUUCGAGAUUUUCAUCGAAUAAUAACUAUUAUUAAUAUUAUUGUUAAUCUUAUUGUAAUAAUCAUAAUGCAUGCACACAUACGCACACGUAUCUAUCUGUGUUUCUAGUCGAACCAAAUACUUUGAUACAUCCGGCAAUCUUUUAUGGGAUGCACAAUCACGUGAAGCCAAAUAUGUUCUGACACAUUGUCGUCCAUUCCGGGUAACUUUAAUUAUUUUCUCUCCUUAUCAUCUGUUGCAUAAUCAUGAGUGUUUAUUUUAUUUAAUACUAACAUUACCUUCGUUUGUUCGUUUAUGUAUGUAUGAGUAUGCGUAAAUAUUGCAUAAUGCGUCUUUGCCUUAUUUGCUCAUGUAAAACGCUUUACUGAAUAUUUAUUUAGUUUGUUUCUGGGCUUUUUUUGUGUGUGGGAUGUUUAUUAGAUUUUUUUGAGCUACACAUGUGCGUAUAUUUGUUUUUAUCAAAUUAAUCUCGACACUUUUGUUCACCAUAUUUAUUGUGAAGUAUCAAUAGCUAAAGUUGUCACUAGCGCUUUACUGUUGGAUUGUUUAAUCAAUAUAUUCACUUAUGUUAGCUGGUGUGAGGAGACAUGUUCGAAUAUAGCUAACUUCCCCUAAAUUAAUACGUAAUAGUCAUGGGCUGUUAGAUCAAGGUGUGUAGAUGGAUCGAGAAUAUUUUAUUGGAUGCGGCGUAAUUAUCAUAACCAAUAACUGGAAAUGUUGGGUAAUAUGAUUGAGAAUCGCUUGUAAUUCGCCAAUUCGUAUGAUAUAUCCGUAUUCUUUUCUUCUACGACUGCUAUUAUCAUUGAUUCUUUGCUAUAUAUCUUGAUUAUUUCAUCAUACUUUACCGUUAUAGUGUGACAAUUCGGACAAACACCCAUAUUAUAUCAGGUUCUAUAAUGGAUAUGACUAAAUGACCUCUGCAGUCCUGUGAUUAACUGUCACUUAUUUUUAGACUUGGUGACUUUUCCUGUUCCAUCUAUCAUCUUUAGCUCUACAUGUUAUAUAGAUGUAACAUUUCGAAACCGUAUUGUUGAAUAGAAGUUAAGUAAACUCAUUACUUCAAUAUGUAAAUUUAAACGUACAUACAUUGGUACAGGGGGAGUUUUUCGUCUUCUCAAUUUCAUAAAUAACACCUUGUCUCUAGAAGGCAGUGAUUAGGACUUUCCCUGGUAGUAGCUCUGUACGCGUGGCCAUGUGUGAGAGCAUUUGAAGAGGGAGAGCUGACUCACCACCCUCGACCGUACUAGGUUAUUUAACAUGUUGUUAACAUUUGUCAUACCAAUUAUAUUGCAUUGUUUAACAAAUAAAUUACGCUAAUCAUAUUUCUUUUUCUUGUCUUACUUCUAUCUGUUAUUUCAUUAAUUUUCAGCGUUAUUGCAAAGAUGAAAGUCAAGAUACACUUGAUCUAUUUGAUUUAAUGUCUAAGAUGUUAGAAUAUGAUCCAGCAGAUCGUAUUCCUUUGUCUGCAGCACUUACACAUCCAUUCUUUUUACAUUUACCAUCACAUCAACGUUUAACAUAUACUCUUCAUCCAUCAGAUACAAUUCCACCUAAUGAACGUCGUACAUCCGGUUCACGUAGUGGAACAAAUAAUCAACAACCAUCAACAACAGCGAAUAAUGGCUCGUCAUCUUCAUCAUCAGUAUCAUCAGAUGUUAAGCGUAAUAGGUGAAGAUCAUCACCGGAUAAUAAUUAGUAUUUUUAUUCUAUCAACAUUGAUAGUUAUCAGUUAAAAUUGUAAUGUUUUUGUUUUUGCUUUUCACUUAUUUUAUCUCCUCAAAUUGAGAAGAAGAAGAAAAUCAUACCAUUUUUCUUUCGAAAUAAUAAUAAUAAUAAUAAAACUCCUCCUCGAAAUACUUCACUGUUCAAUUUGUUUUAUGGUGUUCAGCACACUAAUAUAUGUUACAAUAAACACAUAUAUUUUGUUGUUCAUGUAUAUAGAGCUUUGUAAUAUGUUUAGUGUGUGAAGAUUGCUAAAGUCUCUAUCUUUCACUUAUCGUUAUUGUUGUCGUUGCCGUCACUAUCAUUGUCUCCUUCCUCUUCGAAUUCCUGUUAUUCUUUUUUCCUAAUGAAAAGAAGGUUGGUAUGAAAAAGAUAUUUUGAGGUUUGAGCAUUACAAACAUUACUUUCAUUCUUACCUACUAUUAUCAUGCUGUCAGAUACACAUAUACAUAUUGUUUGUUCUCUUCCCAUCUCUGUAUGCGUAUUGUCUUUCGUUGGUAUUUCAGUUAUUAUCCUUUAACCUUCUUUUUAUUGCUUGAGACUAUGGGUCAUCUAUUCAUAUGUAAUUGUAUGUGUUCUUGUUUACAUUUGAUAAAUUUCUUCCUGGUAAAUGAUGAAUAGUUCAUCAGUUACUAUUUUCUUGUUUGGUUCUGUUUUUGAUUGCUAUCGUGUAGAGAGAACAAGAGAAAAUUUUGCUUGUUUCAACGUUUAUAUAUGUAUACAUUAUUGGGAUUCAUAAACUUGGAUCGAUAGUAAAAAGGAUGUAUUUGCAUAUGACUUGAUGUUCCGUUUGAAUUAUUGACAUGAUACAGCCCAUCUAUGUCAUGUAUGUGUGUGUGUGUGUGAUGAUAAUGUACACUUUGAAUUUUUUUGUUGAGUACUUAUAGGUGCUAAGUUUUUGUUUGAAUUUCUUCAUGUGGUUAAAAUGAAAUAAGAAUGCAUGCUAAACAGUGUAUCUCAAUUCUUUUUGUUCCCCUGUCAAGCAUUCUAUCGUAAAUAUCAGUGAAAACAACAGGUCAGUGAUUGUUUGUCUAAUGAGUCUGAUUAAUAGAAGCUCUUCUCAACAUUAUUCUAUUUCAUUCUUUCUCUUCUUCUUUUGUACCGUUUUUUCUCCUUCACUUUCUCUCGCACAUAUAUUGUACACCAUAUUUUCUUCAUUUAAUGAUCAUUAUCAUAAUUAGUUUGUAUGAAUCUGUUGUCAUUCAAUAUAGCAAUGUGUUUUAAUGAAUUAUCGAUUGGUUUGUUGUGCUUGAUAGUAUUCAUUUUAUUUUACAAAUGAAUGAUGAAUUAAUGAACUAUUAUUAUUGAAUAAUAAUAAGUAGUAACAGAGAGUUACGUUACAUGUUUCAAUUGAGAAUAUGUGUACACAUUAAUGUUAGUAGGUUUUGCUUUGUCAAUCUUUAAUCCCUAUUCUCUUGGAGAUUGUGUUUUAUCUUUUUUUUUUAAUGAUAUAAAGAAGAAUAAUGUGACAAAGAAUGUAAUGAACGAUCCAUCCAGUUAACUACUAAUAUCGUUACAUAUAUUGAUUGGAACAAACAAUUGUAUGCUAUAUUUUCUCUAAUGUUUCUGUUCUUCUGUUUUGUUUUGUUUUUAAAACAAUGCAAUCCUAUAUCUUGUCUUUUGUUCUCUUUCUCUUGGUCUCUUUCUGUCUUUUCUCUUUUUUCUAGUAAUUUCAAUGUAAAAUGUUCAUAUGUUUUCACAAAAUACACAUGCAGAAAAAAUUAAUAAAUGAACAAUUAUUAGUUGUUUC